AAAAAUGGUGAUACUGAGCGAAGGGUGCUUUACGUGGUCUCUGUUUUCGCGUAUCAAUACGUACAGAGAGGCGUCGUCUUUGCGCACGAGUGCCGAGCCCUGUCAGAAGCUAAGGCUGCCUUUGGUUGUGCCGUGCAGGUUGAUGGUCUCGGGCUCGGCCGCCCUGCCCCUUCCCGUGCUGGAGAAGUGGAAGGGCAUCACGGGGCACACCCUGCUGGAGAGGUACGGGAUGACGGAGGUCGGCAUGGCCCUGUCUGGCCCCCUCACUGGGGCACGCCUGCCAGGUUCCGUGGGGACCCCGCUACCGGGGGUGGAGGUGCGCAUCGUGUCUGAGAACCCGCAGAAGGAAGGCAGCCCCUACGUGGUCCACGCCGAGGGGAAUGAGAGGGAGACCAAGGUGACCCCGGGUUUCGAGGAGAAGGAAGGGGAGCUGCUGGUCAGGGGCCCCUCCGUGUUCCGAGAGUACUGGGACAAACCAGAAGAAACUAGAACCGCGUUCACCUCGGACGGCUGGUUCAAAACAGGUAGGACCCAGCUCCGCGGCAGUGGAGGGGGCGGAGCAGUAGUCUGCGGCCGGGGCGUGGCCAGCGUGAGGCACAGCCGCCCGGGUCCUCCUCUGGUGUCCCACGACGACUACGGCAAUCGAACACUUAGUGCUGCCUCCCCCCCCCUCCUGCCGCGCGGGUGCUGGCGUGAGCUGCCGGCGGGCACCGAGGGGGCCGACAGCGGGCUGGAUAUGACCUGGGGCCAGCGGGUCACGGCGGUGGUGACCCUCCGGGAAGGACACUCGCUGUCCCACAGGGAGCUCAAGGAGUGGGCGAGAGGCGUCCUGGCCCCGUACGCCGUGCCCUCCGAGCUCCUGCUGGUGGAGGAGAUCCCCCGGAACCAGAUGGGCAAGGUCAACAAGCGGGACCUGGCCCGGCAGCUCUACCCUGCCUGACCCACCACAGGGCCGGCAAGGACCCAAGCAGGCACACCCUGGGCACCUGGCGCCUGGGGGCUGGCAGAGGCCCCCAGAUCAAGACCUGCCUGUCUGGGCUGGAGUCCCCGGCCCCAGGCCGACUGCCACGUUUCGAGGUGGCCCCGGCCCCCCACAGCCUGUUCGGGCACCUCCCUCCCCCCGGGGGGCCCUGAGGUUGCCAGGCUUUCUCCAGGGCAGGCCCCGGGGGGUCCCAGAGGGGUCACCCAAGAAAAGAAAUAAAGACUCCGUGGGCGGAAACACGCGUGUGUCCCGUGCUGUCUGCCCACCCAAGCACACACCCGGCCCCCGGCUGAGAGGCCCCCACAGGCCAGGUCAGAGCAGGCGCAGGUGCCUCGAGGUGGGGCUCCCACUGCCCCCUCCUAGGGCCUGCGGCCUGGGCCAGGCCAGGUCAGUUUGUGGACAAAAUGCCGGCUCUGACCCCAGCCUGACCCCUGGGAGGCCCAGCCUGUCGCAGGCCCCAGGAAUGGCGCAGGAGCCCCGACGACCGGCUCGUCCCCAAGGCCACAGCUGCAGUGCAGCCCCCCGAGUCUUGGCUGCCCCAAGUUGGUGGCCAGAGUGAAGUCCCCUCCGCCUCCCCCAUCGUGGCUUCACCCUGGGGGACGUUCCCUUCUGACGGUGGCAGUCGAGCAACCACCCUUCUCCCGGCGUCCAAGCCCAACACCCAGAAGGCCUGAGCCCUCUCUGCCUCGGUUUCCCUGCUCCCAUACCAGACCCCCCCCUCCAAACAGGACGUCACCAGCAAGUCGCUGCCGGGACCCCUGAGGACCCGUCACAGACUCGCCUUCCUGUGAGGGCAGACCCGCCCUGGCCUGGCCUGACGCUGCUGGUCUGCACGGCUGUUUGGACACGUGACAGGACCACUGUCCCCGGGGCUCUCCUGCUCGGGAAAGGACCACCA